CGGAGACAGGCGGGACGUGAGACCUGGAGCUCCGUCCGAGCCCAACCAGUACAAUUUUAACUUCAAGAAACGUGGCAUUUUCAUUCUGAUCAACAACAGACACUUUGAGGAGGAGACUGGCCAGCAGCCAAGAGAAGGGAGCGACGUUGAUGCGGAGCGACUGGAGGAGCGCUUUCAAGAUCUUGGCUUCGAAGUCAGAAGAUUUGACGACGUCACAUGUGCCAAACUGACCUCUCUUCUUUAUGACGUGGCCUCCUACGACCACUCCGACCACGACUGUUUUGCCUGCGCCGUUCUCUCUCAUGGAAGAGAGGGCCUGGUCUAUGCCCGGGACGGCCAGGUCACUCUAGACAUGCUAGUGUUGCCUUUCAAAGGAGAUCGAUGUCCCUCACUCAUUGGGAAGCCUAAACUUUUCUUUAUACAGGCGUGCCAGACCAAACGACAAGGCAUCUACCUAGACCCGCCCUCAAGACAAAGCAAGCCUUCACGAUCUCCUUCUCCAGUAUCACCAUCAUCCAGCAAACAACAUUCCCUGGGUUCCCAAAGUCUGACGGGCGACGACGACGCUAGCGAAAGUUCUGGUAUCGUUCACAUGAGGAAGAUUCCGAUAGAGGCCGAUUGUCUCUUCUGCUAUUCCACUGUGCCAGGCUACUAUUCCUGGCGGAACAACCAAGACGGGUCGUGGUUUAUCCAAGCGUUGUGUAUCGUGCUGGAGAACUAUGGAACCAAGAUGGAGCUGCUGCAUAUGCUCACACAUGUUAACCGCAUCGUUGCAUACGAGUUCGCCUCCUGCAGCGACCGAGAGUUCGGCGAGUCCAUGAAACAGAUGCCUUGUAUUGUGUCUAUGCUUACUCGAUACGUUUACUUCCGGCCUAAGAAGCAAGACAUUCGAUAG